AUGGACGAGCACCCGAACCUAGCCACGAGCGAGAUAAGAAGCCUGAGGAACCAGACCGCAAUACUCCAGGACAAACUCGAUCGCUCUCUGGCGAAGAUAAUGACGCUGCAAAGCGGCAUCGAUCAGGUCACAGAUGGAGAGGUGAAGAAGCGAUUCGAAGGUGUGUUCAGCUCAAUUCAGAACUGGGUGACAGAGAUUGAAUUAGAUCUCGUGCGGCAAUCUCGAGACUUUCGUGACGACUUUCAAGAAGUAUUGCGUCAAGAAGAAAAGGAGCCAGUGCUGUUGAGUCUCGGUCUUCGUGCAUACGGCGAGGAUAAAAGUAGUCGGUCAAUGUGGGAGUUCGCCAGCAUGGGGCAUUUAGAUACGCGAUGGGUAGGCACUCUGGACACUUGCAUCAACGUUGUCCUCUCCCGGUUCAUGUGGCAGCGUCUGUACCAUCGCGUGUUCUACUCACCAUACCCUAUUGGGUUAAAUGUGUACGCACAAGAUGGGAUCGACUAUAUUUUUCAAGCCAUAGAAGAUGGCGAUGAUGGGGAAUCUAAAGUCGAAGCUGAGGCGAUCUUGAGAGCCAACAAAUGGAGGGCGGAAUCAAUGGCGACAAUAGUAUCUACUACAAGGUUCCGAAAAGAUAAGGACGCAGAGAUGCAAUACCUUCUUGAGGAUCUUUGGGAUGAUCUAACGCGUCGGCUACCUGUGAUCGAUACUGCGACGCUCAAACGACAUAUGGACAGUCUCUCGAACCACGUGGUUGGCCCAGCUGUUGAGCUGAAACAAACUAUAUCCUGUUCGUCGGUCGAGUAUUGUUCAGUUGAGCCUGAACACGAGAUACUGGAGAAUGCCCGAGACGGUGAUCGCUUUUGGGAAUUUACUUUCAAAGACAUUGUUGAGUGGAGAGACAAAGACCCGUUUGAAACAUAUGGAGGCCUGUUCCGGCUGUUUCCCGGCAUUCGUCGAAGGGGAAUGAAGGAUACAGAGGAUGUGGUUUUGGUCAAGCCAACCUUGCUUGUUUUGAACAGACAAACGAUCGGCAUGUUGCAAGAGUUCAGAGAAAGCAAUGCGUGGACUCAGCAUAGACGACAAGGAAGCCCAGGAAAGACUGGAACGGGUCCGUCUCGACAAGCCUCGCUUCCUCCCUCUUCCUCGCGCUCUUCGACGACCAAAACGAAAAGCGACCGACGCACUUCUCAUCGCAAGCAGGAUGAAUCCUAUCCAGAAACGAGUGGCUUAAGCCGCAUAGUACGACGACUCACCCCAAAAACUAAGAGUUUCGGGCAUGAGAAAAAGCUGGAAGACCUGGCUUUCGACACAAGACCUCGUCUCCAUCGUCGUGGAACCGAGGACAACGAAAUGAGGGAAUCACCACCGAGGGAGACCAGAGGGAAAGAUAAGCGGUCUAGAAGAACUCCAACACCUGCAUCUUCGCGCAAGCCAAGUCUAGUCCAACCCUAUCUGGAAGCUAUGAUUCCGCCUGGGCAAUCGAGCGAGCCUCUUCCAGAAUUACCAUCUCAGCCGAUCCCACGUGAGAGUCCACAAGAGAACUACGGAGAAUACAGCACACAUCUGAACGAUGACACAGAUAUUCAUGGUUCACUAACACAAAGACCGGAAGGUGAAGAAACCGAGCGUAGUGAUACCGAUUCGUCGGUCGAUAUCCUCUCCAAUCUCGAAGCAGAGGGAGGAAAUAGUGCGCAACAAACGAGAGCAGGACCAAAGGAACUUGUUCGGUCCCCCGGACUUACUGCACCAGGACUUCACCCAAAUCAUACGGCGUGGCGGAGAUUGCAAGCUAAGUUGCCUCCUACGCUCUGA